AUGACCGAAACCGAAUGGGCCCUGGCCAUGUUGACCAAGAGUGGAAUUGCCACUAACCAUUUUGGUCGGAAGAUCAACCGAAUCCUUUUGACCAACGACAGCUCUGAGGCUUACUCGGAUGGAAAUGUGACCGACUUUAUCGUCUACAAUGACACUCAAUGGGUCGGUUACAUGACUAAUGACACCAAGACCAAGCGCGCAACUUGGUACGAGGGCUACAAUUUUGGUGGUACAGCCGAGUGGGCCGUUGACCUCGAGGAGUUUGUGAUUAAUGAUGAGAGCUCUUCCUCCGGUAGCUCAGGAAGUUCAGGCAGCUCAGAUACAGCAACACUCACGGUCGAUCCGGAAAUCUGGCAACAGCCAAGUCCCGCCGUGACCUGCGCACCGCCCCGUUUGAUGACCAUGCCCCCCCCUACCUUUGACCUACAACACCACAAUUACCUUCCCCCAUAG